AUGCAGGGAGGAGCGCCGCGGCCGUGGUAUCAGUAUGUGGCGGCGCCGAUGGUGGAUCAGUCGGACUUGGCGUUCCGGCUCACGACCGUGCAGUUCGGAGCUACAGCCACGUGGACGCAAAUGUACCAUGCGCAGGACGUGCUGACGGAUGUGGACCUGUACGAACGCGCUCGACGCGCCCUGGAGCUGGGUCGCCAUGCGCCGGAGAAUCACGAUAUCGUGACGGGGAAGCGCGCACCACAGAUCGUGCAGCUAGCAGGCAACGACCCUGAUGACAUAGUGCGUGCCGCGCGCCAAUUCCUGCCCGUCGCAGAUGGCAUCGAUGUCAAUUUGGGCUGUCCUCAGACACGGGCCCAAGUGGGCCACUACGGCGGCUACUUACUCCGGCGGCGGGACUGGCCGCUGGUCGAGCAGAUCGUCCAAGCUCUCUCACAGGCGUGCCCUGUCCCCAUAUCGACCAAGAUCCGCCUGUGUGACGCGGCCACCGACACGUACGAGCUCGGACAGCGACUCGCCCACGCAGGGUCUUCGCUCAUUACUCUGCAUGCUCGGCAUGUCGCUCCGAAUCGACGGCGAGCCGGUGCGGCCAAGCUCGAGCACGUACGCGCGCUUGUCAAAGCUUUGCACGACCAGGGACUGCACGCAUCGCAGCCCAGCGGUCGGACGCGCGUCCUGAGCAACGGCCAUGUACGAACAUGGCACGACGUACCUGCGAAUCUGGCAUAUACCCAAGCCGACGGCAUCAUGGUCGGCGAGCCACUCCUUGUGCAUCCCAAUCUGUUCGCGCCACACCGUGGCCCAGCCAUGUCCACGUAUCUGGACAUGUGCGCACGAUACCCACACGACACGUCCCUGCCACGCAUCCAGCAGCACGUGCGGUACAUGCUUCGAGGCCAAACACCCAGCCGCGAGACGCGCGCCUUGCACGACGCUUUCAUGGCCGCGCCGGACGUACGCGCGAUGCAGUCGAUCAUGUCAGCUGCGCCGAGCGCCUCUCUUCCUCGAGAAGCACACGACGUGCAUAGGGAUGCAGAAGAAUCGACGGGGUGCUCCCGCUGA